AUGUUGUUGAAACUCGGCGCUAGGACAUGGUUUUUUUCCACUUGUACCUCAUCGUCUGCAUCGUCAAGAAGGCUGACCAAACGGCCGAUCAUUCCAGAUAGGGCUAAUCGGAAAGGCGAGGCGAAAGCAUUUAUUGAUCAGAGAAGAGUAAGUUGUAAAGCUGGUAAUGGUGGUAAUGGCAUGGUUUCAUUUCGGCGUGAAGCAGGCGUUAUGUUCGGCGGUCCGGAUGGAGGUGAUGGAGGAAAUGGUGGUCACGUUAUUUUCGAAGUAGACGCACUUGUUAAAGAUCUUUCUCGCUUACCAACCAUCAUAAAAGCGAUGAAUGGUGAAGGUGGCCAUUCGAAAAGUUGUCAUGGGAAAAGUGCUCCACAUAAAGUAAUUAAAGUGCCUGUAGGAACAGUGUUGAAGGAACCGCACACUGACAGGGUAAUAAUUGAUUUGAACAAACAGGGAGCGGUCUUCCUCGCUGCUAGGGGAGGCGCUGGUGGUCAUGGUAAUCAGUUUUAUAAAACAAACGAAGUACGAGUCCCAUUAAAAGCUGAAUUAGGUGGAUUAGGUGAAGAGCUAACAUAUGACGUAGAAAUGCGUAGAAUUGCUACUGCUGGAUUAAUAGGAUAUCCUAACGCUGGAAAAUCUUCACUUUUGCGUGCGAUCUCUAGAGCUAAACCCAAGGUGGCUUGUUAUCCAUUUACUACUUUGACAGCCUACAUCGGUGUUGUGCAUUAUGACGAUUUCACACAAAUUGCUGUAGCGGAUAUUCCUGGUCUUGUGGAAGGGUCACAUGCAGACAUCGGACUUGGACAUAGCUUUCUAAGGCAUAUUACACGAUGCCAUUGUUUGUUUUAUGUUUUGGAUUUAACACUGUCACAAUUUCGGGAGCAAUUUGAUUCAUUAAAAUUUGAAAUAGACCAGUACCAGCAGGAUUUGAGUAAUCGACCUAGUACUAUUGUCAUAAAUAAAGUGGAUUUGGCGUCAAUGGAUUUUGAUAAGGAUGCCGUUCGGCAACAGUUCCCUAGCUAUUCGGUAUUCUUUAUUUCGGCCAAAUUCGGUAGUGGUAUUGAAGAGCUUCUAGUGCAUUUACGCGAGCAAUAUGACCAUGCAAACAAUAUAAUAGAACAGACUCAAGAGCUAUAA